AUGGCAACAGAGGAGAAUUCACAAGAUUCAUCAGUACACAAAUUAAGAUCACCGGAAUCAGGAUCAGGAGACAUGGUUGAUAUGAUGUUCGCCAAACGCGGUUGUUGUUGUGGUAAUUGGUUACCCAGUUGGGAAAGAAUUCGAGACGAUUAUAAUAACGAUCAAGAUCAAGAUGGACGAUGGUGGAGUAAAGGAAUUAGCGUUUUCAAGAAAAUUAGAGAAUGGUCAGAACUUGUUGCAGGUCCGAAAUGGAAAACGUUCAUCAGGAAAUUCAAUAAGAAAGGAGGAAAUCAAUAUCAUCAGGGGAAGAAAUUUAAGUAUGAUCCGUUGGAUUAUGCUAGGAAUUUUGAUGAUGGAAGAGCGAAUGGUAAUUUUGAUGAUGAUUUUAGUUAUCCUGAUUUCUCAUCUAGGUAUGCUUCCAUUCCUAAUUCUUGUAAAUCUUCUAUGGAUCUUGGUAAAGAUGGUCCUUCUUUUACUUGA